UUCAUUUUCCAUUCACGCAGACUUGUAAUCAUCGUCAUCAUCAUUGCCAUCGGAUAAAGCAUUUGUCUAUUGCUUUUCUUGCUUUUUUGAUAGCUACACUUUACGCGUUAAAAGGCAAUCCAGCUUAAUACCGUCCAAGAUGAAGUUCCUCGCUACUCUUCUAUUCACUGCUGCUGGCGUUUCUGCCGCUACCUCCGCCACAUCGCCAGAUACCCCAGGCUCUACCUGUCUGGCUGACUACAUUCUUGAUAACUGUCUGGAUUCAACUACCAAAAAUGCUGGCAACUGCAACGCUACCGACUAUACAUGCCUUUGCGCAGCGUACCAGGCCAUCUUGACCUGCUACAACAACUGCCCCAGCGACAUCCGCGCUCCAUCAGUCCAGCAACAGGUUGAUUCCUACUGCCGAACUGCCUCUCUCUUGGCCACCACCACAACUGCCCACAAGACUAAGACUUCGGGUGCUUCCAAGCCCGACGAGACUUCCGCUUCUGAAGCUUCUCCCGGCAAUGACGAGGCUACUCCCACCGGGGAGAGCAGCGGUUCUCCAACUGCUGGUGGAAGUGACGAAACCAGCUCCAGCGGCCAUAGCUCUGCCACCGCUGCUCGCACAACCAGCUCCAAAGCUGCUGCUCCUACUAUGAUUGGCAACGUUGCUGGCAUUUUCAUGGCUGUUGCCGGUGCUGCUGCUGCCGCCAUUCUCUAAUGAGAAGAGAGAGAGAGAUGGACAUGAAAGUCAUUGAAUGAAAAUCAUUGAAUGGAAUGGAAAGCUGGGCUCUGGGGUGU